AUGGCAUUCAAGUUUGUGAUCCUUUCGUUGUGCGCUCUGCUGGGAGCUGCCAAUGCUGGUUUGCUGGCUGCUGCGCCUCUCAGCUAUGUAGCUGCUGCUCCUGUGGUGCACAAGCUGGCGCAGCCACAUUACGAUGCUGUGGGCACCACGCAGCAGGAUGUGGUGCGCUCCUUUGGCGGCACCGUCUCCACCUACUCCAAGAAUGUGGUCACACCCUACUCGAGCGUUAGCAAGAUUGACUCACGCACCACCAACAAUGUGUACACGCCCAAGACUGUCUACACCGCUGCUGCUGCUCCAGCUGUCUCCUAUGCUGCUCCAGUUGUCACCAAGACUGUCUAUGGCGCUGCUCCCGCGCUGACCAAGACUUAUGCUGCUCCAGCUGUUUCCUAUGCUGCGCCUGUGGCUCCCGUUGUGGCCAAGACUGUCUACAGCGCUGCUCCUGUCUACACCAAGAGCUAUGCCGCUCCAGCAGUCAGCUAUGCCGCUCCAGCUGUUGCUCCCGCUGUCGCCUAUGCUGCUCCAGUUGCUGCUCCCGCUGCCUAUGUGAAGUACUCCCCAGCUAUUGGUGUUGCUCAUGUUAGCUUCGAUGGCUUUGGCUCUCACUGGGGCUAUUAAGUCGUAAAAUUGU